UCAGCCGAAGUGGAGGGAUUGCAAGUGACUGUACCUGAGAAGAAGAAGGUGGCCAUGUUGUUUCAGCCUGCUCUCCUUCGCUGCCAUUUCUCUACUUCUUCCACCCAACCAGCUGUGGUACAGUGGAGGUUUAAAUCUUACUGCCAGGACAGGAUGGGAGAAGCCUUGGGUAUGGCAACUUCUGGCUUACAAACGAUGAGCAAGAGGAACCUGGACUGGGAUCCCUACCUAGACUGUGUGGACAGCCGGAGGACAGUCCGUGUUGUGGCUUCCAAACAAGGAUCUGCCGUCACAAUAGGGGACUUCUAUAAGGAAAGAGAUGUCAGCAUUGUCCACGAUGCAGACCUUCAGAUUGGGAAGCUGAUGUGGGGAGACAGUGGGCUCUAUUACUGCCUUAUUAUCACACCUGAUGAUGUGGAGGGCAACAACGAAGAGUCGGUGGAGCUACUUGUACUUGGCAGGACAGGGCUGCUUGCUGAUCUCUUGCCCAGUUUUGCUGUGGAGAUUAUGCCAGAAUGGGUCUUUGUGGGCCUGGUGAUCCUUGGGGCGUUCCUGUUCUUCCUCCUGGUUGGGAUCUGCUGGUGCCAGUGCUGCCCACACAGCUGCUGCUGCUACAUMCGCCUGCCCUGCUGUCCUGAGUCGUGCUGCUGUCCCCGGGCGUUGUACGAAGCAGGCAAGGCCGCAAAAGCUGGAUACCCUCCUGUGGUCUCCUCCAUGCCAGGUCCAUAUUACAUCCCCACUGUUCCUGUAGCUGGUGUACCGUCUCCUGCUGUGCUGAUGGAUAAGUCGCACCCCCCUCCGUUGGCCCCGAGUGAGACCAGUGGAGGAAGCCAAAAUGCAGUGCGCAAAGGAUACAGAAUCCAGACUGACAAGGAAAGGGAUUCCAUGAAGGUGCUGUACUAUGUGGAGAAAGAACUGGCUCAGUUCGAUCCAGCUAGGAGGAUGCGAGAACGAUAUAACAACACCAUCUCUGAACUCAGCUCUUUGCACGAGGAGGACUUGAACUUCCGUCAGCCCUACCGUCAAGUGCGAAGGAAACCUCUUCCUCCUUCAGGGGACGUGGAUGGGGACGCUGAAUACUGGGCAGGAGUGAUUGGUGGGGGCAGCACGUCAAGGUCACAGGCUGUCCCUGAUUACAGAGAUGAGAGGGACAGUUACYGGCACAGCCAGCAGAGAUCCAAGUCUGAGAUGCUGUCUCGUAAGAGUUUCUCUGUAGGAGUGCCGGCUGUCUCCAUGGACGAGCUGGCAGCCUUUGCAGAGUCCUACAGCCAGCGGACCCGUCGAGCAGACAGCCAGGACAUGCGGCGCUUUGAGCGCUCAGAGUCACACGGUGGCCGGAGCGGAGGGCUGCCCCACCAGGACAGCUCCAUGGAAGAGUACUACACCAAGCGUAGCAGAGGGAAUCGAGAGCCAUUGACGGACUCGGAUCGGGGCUGGUCAUAUAGCCCACCCCGGAGACGGGCCCAUGAGGAGAAGCAUCUACCCAGGCUGGUGAGCCGGACACCGGGAGGGAGCCAGAAGUAUGAUCACUCCUACCUCAGCAGUGUCUUGGAGAGGAAGUCCCGGAGCUACGAUGAGAGCGGUGACCAUUGUGAAACCCCUACAAAGUUGAGCUCACAACCCAGCCAGAGAGGAGGGGGAACCUAUUAUGCCUGGUCACCACCCUCUACCUACAAAUCCGAGCAGUCACAACAGUCGCAGCAGUCAUCAUCACCACCUCAGCAGGAGGAAGAAGAGGACACCCUGCCCCCAUACAGUGAGAGAGAGCUGAGCCGAGGCCCUUCRUACAGGGCCAGGGAGCAGGCCUACCUCAAUGCCUCCGACAAGAAGAGGAAGAAGGACCCCAAGAAAACAAAUGAUUUCCCCACAAGGAUGUCCCUUGUGGUUUGAAGUUGUUGGCGGACAUACCRUGUUGACGGGCUGCAUACCAUGAGGUGACUGCGGUGGAAAAGAUACAGAUCAACAAGCAAAACAGGCCCCUGUGAACCUCCACAGCCACCAGUCAUAGACUGUUUGUUUCAGUUGUUAGUUUCGUCAGGGGAGCAGAGGCUUUCAUGAGGGACAGAUUCCUAAUAACUGCGCUCAAUCACAGAGACUCUGGGAGUCUGCCAGGAAAAGGAGGCCGGGGCUUUCUUUGGCACCCUGCUUCUCAGUACCUGCUAUUCUGUGCUGGAAGGCAGCCAAGUCCAUACUAUUCCCACAUCCCUGAACUGUCUUUGUGCCUCUUGCCCUGUGUCAUCCGCAGAGAGAGGCCUGUCUGCAUACCUCUCGAUCUCACUGUCUCUUCUCUAUCUGGAUCAAAAUUGCCUCCAUACUUAAAGCCUUUUCUAUAUCAUCCCCAUGCUGUGAGGAGGCCUUUUUCUAACAGCUGCAGGCUGCCUCCAGUUGCUCGGGCCCUAGAUCUUGAGAGCAAAUCUACAUCCUUUCAGACACUAUAGAAAAGGACUGAUGAGGUGUUACCUUGGCAAGAGCUGAACAGAAAGAGAGAGACAAGUAUGGGCUAGUUUGUUCAAUAUAUUUAGUUCUGUUCAUACCGUGAUGAGAGUGCAAGUGAGACUGCAUUGUUUUGAAAGUGGAUCAAAGUAGCUUUUAUUGUAAUGAGAGCAUGAUGUGUUUCCCUCCCCUCCCUUCCCCAGCUGUGAUUUGUUUUGGGUACAGUUGCAUUUCCUUGCAGCUGAGCUAUGACCUGUAGAGCUUCAAGCUGGAAUAUUUUACUCUAUCAUAUCAUAAGCAGUGCUCUAGCUUUGCUGGUGUUCUGCUCCCAGUGCCACCAGACCUCUCUGCAUAGUGGGCUUUUUGUUUUAGAGAAGCAAAAUGGAGGAAGUUUUGGUGAGAAGAAGAAAACGGCAGAUCUUGGUUCUGUGCUAUUGGACUACACCUUUCUGGUCAUUGUUCCAAGACAUCAAAGAGAGGAGUAACAGUAAUGGAAAAAUGAUUAACACUGUGGAUGAACACAGGAUUUGGAAGUUACUUUUAAUUACAACCAUUUCAUUCACUUCAAUUGUGACCUGAUUUUAGUGGCUCUUGUCUCAGGAACAGCUGAAUUGAAUGUGAGGUGAGUGCUUCACACCACUCAGAAGCUUGACAUUCUGAUUUUCAAAGAGUAUAAUGCAGCCAUUUAUUUUUUGGCUGCUAAAUUAGAAUGAAAUUUGUGUGAAGGAAGAUGAUCAGAAUGACAUUUUAAUAUCCAGUGUUUUGAGUCCUAUGAGGCCUAGAAGUAAGUUAGCACUUUAUUAUGACGUUAUCAGCCUCUGAAGUGCGAUCUCUCUUGUUACUCUGGAAAUUUGGGAGCUAACUGGCCUCAAGUUAGGUGCUCGCUCUAGCAGUGCUGAUCGGAACACUGGAUUUAUUAACAUAGCUGCAAUUCUUCAUAAAAAUUAAAUUCAUUUCUGUAUUACUCCUUUGCCAUAUCAGUUCACCGUGAGUGGAUUGGGGGAAAGAAAGAAAAAUCUCUAAGGAACUGAUGAUGUUACUGUACUCAUGCUUGAAGGUAAAUGGCUAUGAGGCUCUCUUCUAACCCCAUGCUUCUCUAGUGAUGUGUAGCUUUGUAAAGCCCAGUCCAGGGUCUCCCUGACCAGAGAAGGGUUAGUUUGGAGGGGCGUACUGUAUCUGGGUCUAUCUGCCCUGUUUUAUUGCUGGAGAUAAUAAAUUGUAAGUAUUUUCAUCUUUUCUCAUCUUCAGUGUGUUUCCAGGAAAUCAUAGCGCAGUUAAAUAAGGGGUAGAGGGUGGUUUCUAUUUGAGAUCACUAAGGCCAUGCUAACUGUACAGAGCUACAUUACAUGUCAUUUUAAAUUAAACAUUUCAYACCAGACAUGAGGAUACUGACACACACACACACAUAAAAUAUAUGUUGACAUUUUGUUAGUCUGAAAACUCUGGGAGCGUGAAUUUAAAGGGAAUUUAAAUUGACAUAUCCUUUUCAUCAGACAUCCAGCACACCCAAGGAAGCGUUUUACAUGGAAAUUUGAAAGUGCUUUUGCAACAAUGACUAUGUCAGAGCAGGGCCAAAACAAUGAUUUAAAGGUCUCUAGAGACUUGAAUCUUUUAAAUCAUUUUGAAAGCUGGAGCUUUGAAAACGUGCGUCUUACCUCAGUUGUGUCAUCCCUUAUUUCAGUCACUGUAGAGUUUUAUUUGAGCAGGCCCCCAGGAAUGAGCUAUAUAUUAUUAAAAAUAUGAUCCUUCUCAUUUAUUUGGAUCAGUUUUGAUUACUUGAUGCUGGUGUUGUAGGGCAUUUGGACACUAAAUUUCAGGAGCUGCCAUUUUAGUUAUUUAGUUUAUAAAAAGGUAGUUGUAAUUCUUUCAAGAAGCCUGUUUUAAUUGCACAUUAAAACUGUAAAACUGUCCAACGUUUUGCUUGAAACCAAGUACCUGGAAAAGUACUGAAGUUUUUGAUGAAGACAGAAUUACUUACUGACUAGUGGUUCUACAAAUUUUACCAGAUGAACAAAAAAUUUCAGCCUCCAGAAAAGAGCAGGUUGUAAUUCCCUAAAGUUGGAUGCAGACAGCACCUAUCACUUUGCUCUGUCCUUCGUCCAGAUCUUAGAUUUCCUGCACACUUUAUUGGCAAAUCCAUACCUUCCUAUACAAAUGUGAAGGAUUUUUCGAUUACUGAUGUCUAUCCU